GCGCGGAAGACUAUAAAUGGAGUGCGCAGGCCCGCGCGCGGGAGACGGUUGAAGCCACUUCGCUUGUAGCGUGAGAUAUAACUAGUAGGAAGUUGGGAUUUGUGUAUAUAUAUUUUUUUAAAAAUGACUGGAAGAGCCCGUUCGCGAGCUCGUGGCAGGGCACGUGUCCCUGAAGCAAGUUCACAACCUCUUGCCCCAAGGCCGAUGCCUUCUGCAGUACCUUCCACAAUUCCUGUCAGCGUAUGGGAGCCUGAACUAGUUGGUCGUGGUCGACAGCGAGGGCCCCCUGGAGGACUAGGGCGCAAAGAAGUUGAGGUGGUAUCUGCUGGAUUUAAAGAACUGUCUUUAAUGGAAAGAGGUGGACGGCGACGAGAUUUUCAUGAUCUUGGAGUUAACACCAGAAUGGCCAUGGAACAUGUCAGGGAGUCCAAAGCAGGUGUUUCUGGAAGUGUAAUACAUCUGAUAACAAACUUUAUUCGCCUAAUUUCUCGCCCACAGUGGGUUCUAUAUCAAUACCACGUGGAUUAUAAUCCUCAGAUGGAAUCAAGGCGUCUGCGUACUGUACUGUUGUUUAUGCAUGACAAAGUCCUUGGCAGAACUCGUGUUUUUGAUGGUACUCUAUUAUUCCUUCCUAAAAAAUUGGAAGAGAGAGUCACUGAACUAUUCAGUCAGACACGUGAUGGCCAAAAUGUCAAGGUAACGGUUACCUUGACCAACGAAUUGCCUCCCACCUCUCCAACAUGCCUUCACUUUUACAACAUUGUGUUCAGGAGACUUUUAAAGAUAAUGUCCUUGCAGCAAAUUGGCCGAAAUUACUACAAUCCUAAGGAUCCUAUCAUGAUUCCACAGCAUAGAAUCAUGGUUUGGUCAGGAUACACCACUUCAAUUCUGCACUACGAGAGCAGUGUCAUGCUUUGUGCAGAUAUCAGUCACAAGAUUCUGCGUAGCGAAACUGUACACGAUGUCAUGCAUCAGUUAUAUGCACAGUUUGGUGAGCAUCGGUUUCAGGAGGCCUGCUCCAAGGAACUGGUUGGAGUAAUAGUUCUAACCAGGUACAAUAACAAGACUUAUCGAAUUGACGACAUUGAUUGGGUUCAAAAUCCCCGAAGCACAUUUAAAAAGGCAGAUGGAACUCAAAUCAGCUAUAUUGAUUACUACAAAAAGCAAUACAGUAUGGACAUCAUUGAUGUGAAUCAGCCAGUGCUCAUUAGUCAGCCCAGAAGGCAAGGGCCUGGUGGUACUAUUAUGGGACCCAUCUGCCUCAUUCCGGAACUAUGUUAUCUUACAGGUGUGACAAAUAAAAUGCGUUCAGAUUUCAACGUUAUGAAGGACCUGUCUGCACAUACAAGAUUAACACCAGAACACAGAGAGCAGCAAUUGUGGCGUUUCAUGGACCACAUCCAAAAGGAUGAUAAUGUACAGAAAGAACUGUCAGAUUGGGGUUUCCAGUUUGAUUCCAAAUUGCACUCACUCUCUGGACGAGUUAUGCCUUCAGAGAAGAUCCAGCAAGGUGGAAAAAUGUUUGACUAUAAUCCCCAAGUAGCAGAGUGGUCCAGAGAAACCAGAGGUUCUUGCCUGAUCAAUCCUAUUCCCCUGGAAAAUUGGAUAUUGGUUUUUACCCGAAGAAAUGCUGAUGUGGCUAGGAGUCUUUUCCAAACUUUGGGGAAAGUAGUGAAGGCAAUGGGCAUUAGGAUGGAGAAGCCAUUAAUGAUUGAGGUGGAAGAUCGCAGUGAGGCAUUUUUGAAGGCAUUGCAGUCUAACGUUACUCAGGCUACAAAAAUUGUGGUUUGUGUCCUUCCAUCUAACCGCAAAGACAAAUACGAUACAAUCAAGAAAUACUUGUGUGUUGAAUGCCCUACUCCAAGUCAGUGUGUUGUUGCUCGCACUUUGAGCAAGCCUCAGGCAUUGAUGGCUAUUGCCACAAAAAUUGCUUUACAGAUAAAUUGUAAAAUGGGUGGUGAACUAUGGAGUGUUGAGAUACCGCUCAAACAGCUGAUGGUGAUCGGUAUAGACUGUUAUCAUGAUAAUACUGCUGGAAGAAAGUCAAUUGCAGGAUUUGUUGCCAGUCUUAAUCAAACAAUAACCAGGUGGUUUUCUCGCUGUAUCAUACAAGAUCGCGGACAAGAACUUGUAGAUGGAUUGAAAGUUUGUUUGCAAGCUGCUUUAAAGGCAUGGCAUGCUUGCAAUAAAUGCCUGCCUGGUCGAAUCAUUGUGUAUCGUGAUGGAGUUGGUGAUGGGCAGCUCAACACAGUGGUAAAUUAUGAGGUUCCACAGUUGCUGGAUUGUUUGAAAUACCUGACUGACUACCAUCCAAAGUUAUCAGUGAUUGUUGUGAAGAAGCGUGUCAAUGCCAGAUUUUUUUCACAAGCUGGUGGAAGAUUACAGAACCCACCACCUGGCACUGUCAUUGAUACAGAUGUCACAAGACCAGAAUGGUAUGACUUCUAUAUAGUUAGCCAGUCAGUGAAGGUUGGUACUGUCACACCGACACACUAUAAUGUGGUGUUUGACAACAGUAACCUGAAACCAGAUUACAUGCAGCGGCUGACCUACAAGUUGUGCCACAUGUACUACAAUUGGCCGGGUGUGAUCCGUGUGCCAGCCCCCUGCCAGUAUGCCCACAAGCUGGCAUUCUUAGUGGGACAGAGUAUUCAUCGAGAACCCAGUUUGGCAUUAGCUGACCGACUUUACUACCUCUGAAUAGAACAAGUGAUUAAGUUUCCUGUCGUGAACUCUGUUAAGGAAAAGAGAUUUUUAAAAAAUGACAGUUACCAAGAACACAGUUUUCAAGACCAGGGUAAUGUUCAGAUACUUAGAUUUGUAUGAGUUUGUUUUCCACCUGUCUGCAUAUUAAUUUAUUUGCAACUUUCUGCAACCAGAAGUUCAGUAUUUGUGGCAAAUGUUCCUUUGCACUUAAGUCUAACCACAAAGUUGGUACUUGCCUCCGUGACUUUGUGUGGCAGCAAAAUGUCCCAGCAGAGGGUAGUGGAACCUUUUCUUCACGUACUCGCAUCCUUGCAAUAAUCACUGAGUCAGCAAUCCACCAUGCUACUUCAUUCAUGCUGUGGCACCAUUUUCCCUUCUAUAGGCAGGGCCAUGCUACCCUAUUACUGUGGCUGAGAUUUUUCUUCAGGAGUUAAAUGUGGUUUCACCUGAUCCAUAUGAUCCUAAGUUGUACUAAGUGCAUUUUCCAUUCUGCCAUUUAGGAACUGAUUCCUUGAACAAUCUUUGCAUUUGCUGAUGUUUAGUUCUUUAGUUUUAAAGUGACAUCAAAUAACACAGCAUAGAAAUUAACUACAGAGGUGGCACUUUGCUCCACUGUUCAACUGGAACUGUCUACUUGGAUCGGUUUUCAUUACACAUCCAGUACUCUUACACAUACACAUCCAUUCAAGUACUGUUAGUUCCUGCAUUCUUUAUAAUUCCAACCUCUGCUUUUCUGUGAUGCAAUCAUAAAAUUUUGAGACAUGCCAUCAUUUGGUACAUUGCAUUUAUACCUGCUUGCACAACUUGUCCACAGUGCUCUGGUUCUGUUCUUAAGUUUGUUGUUUGUUUUUUUUUAAAGCUAUUAUGACUCCUUACAACACUUUGUUUCUGGGAAUUGAAUUGGACAAGAAAUCAAAAUUGUUCUUCUAACUGACCCCACAUUCUGAUACUGCUCUAGUGAAAGUUCUCAGCAAUCAAAAUGCAUUGUUUGGUGCUUUGAAUUCAUACACAAGAUCCAAUUGCCCCUGAAUUAAGGCAGCUAAGAGUAGACCACGUUGUGGUCACUACUUGGUUUUGUUAGUGGCAUUACUGUUUAUAAAUGGAGAAUCCCACUUAUCAUAUGAAGAUUUGUUUAGCCUUGCCUUUUGUUCUACUGUUCUGACUUAUUCAGGGUAAACUCCCAAUGUCUUUUUUUGUGAAUUCCACAGAUGCCAUUAUCUCCCUGAUCUCCUGUCCAUGAAUAUUUAUGCAACGUGAUAUAAGAAAUAGUUCACAGGGUUUCUGAGUAUGUUGUCCUAAUCAUUUAGAUCUUAUCUUAUCCUCUACUCAGUACACUUGCCUGCUGACCCUGAAAUCGUUGGUGACCAAAAAUCUGUUGCUUUAACAACCCAAUUACUUGCAAAGGUCAAUUCCCCUGAGUGAAGUGUCUUGUCUCCAUCCUGAGGCUCUCUACCCUAGAGAUGCCUCGAUUUCCUUAUUAAGACUGAAAUCGACCUCUAUGCAUAUAUUCUGCCAGUCCCUCUGAAUCUUGAAUGAUUUGAGAUGGCCUCUCAUUCUCCUAAACUCAAGUGCAUAAAGGCUGAUUUCUAUUUUAACUUGCUUCAUAGUCACAGGUCAACCCUCUCAUUCCAGAUAUCAAUGUGGUGAAUCUAUAAUCUACCACCUUUAAGCCAAGUAUAAUUUUGGUUUUGUUUGGUUUGGAGGUAACCAAUGCAUACUGUUCUAAGUGUGGACUAUACAAUUGCAGCAAGAGUUUUGUAUACCCUUUACUCCACCCCCCUGCUGUGAAGGACAAAAUCUGAAACAAAAACCAUCUGGGGCAGUAGUGUUUCCUUAGGCUUGUGCUGAUGAAGCUGAAGGCGACUACGCCCUGUAAAUGGCUUGGCUACAGAAGCUAAGUAUUGAUAGUGUGGUUGUGUUUGGGCACUCUGGUCUGUACAGUACAUGACAGUGCUUCUCCAAUAAUCCAGCUAAGGUUACACACCUGUGCAAGGAACCCUGUCGCUCCGCUCCAUAACAUGACGUACUGAGUCCCAGUGGAACCCCUCAAUCAAAGCCAUUGAUGUGUUGUUUUGAUGGUAGAGAUGGGUGUAGAUUGUCAGCUUGUGUUGUGUCAACUACUGGAAUUAGCUUAUUUUACUGUAUUAAUGUAGCUUGUUCACAAGGUGCUUUAUUGGAUAAAUUACUUCAUAAAUAGCUUUUCAUUUUGAAACAUGGUAUUUCAACCAUUGGAUUUUGCUAUGUUUUGGUUUACUAACUAAUUGCAAUCUAAUUAAAGUAUGAUUUUUGCAAAUG